AUGAGUGUCUCUGUGCUGAGCCCCAUCAGAGCCCUGGGCAGUGUCCCUGGGCUCCUGCAUGUGGCCUCACUGUUCAGGCUGCUGUUGCUUCUCCUCAAGGCAGCACAGCUCUACCUGCGCAGACAGUGGCUGCUCAAAGCCCUCCAGCAGUUCCCGUCCCCUCCUUCCCACUGGCUCUAUGGACACAGCAGGGAGGUAGGUAAGAGGGGACCCGGGAGUGGGAGGGCAGGGAGGGCCGGGCUCUCGGAGCAUGGUCACGGCCAGCAAGUCCAAGGGACAGAGUUUCGUGUUUGUUAUUUCCACCCCCACAACAUACCCAUCUGUCACCCAGGCUGUGGUUUGCUCCUGUUGAAUGGGCAGACGUGGUUCCAGCGUCGGCGGAUGCUGACCCCAGCCUUCCACUAUGACAUCCUGAAGCCCUACGUAGGUCUCAUGGCCAAGUCUGUCCAAGUGAUGCUGGACAAGUGGGAGCAGCUCGUCGCCCAGGACCCACGUCUGGAGAUCGUGGGACCCGUCUCCUUGAUGACCCUGGACACCAUCAUGAAGUGCGCCUUCAGCCACCAGGGCAGCGCCCAGACAGACGGGGAUUCCCACUCCUACAUCCAGGCCAUUUGGGAUCUCAAAAAUCUCUUUUCUACCCGUACGAAGAGUGCCUUUCUCCAGAAUGACAUCAUCUACAGGCUGAGCCCUGAAGGCCGUAAGAACCACCGUGCCGCCAGGAUAGCCCAUCAACACACAGACCGAGUGAUCCAGCUGAGGAAGGCGCAGCUGCAAAAGCAGGGAGAGAUGGAGAACGUGAGGAAGAAGAGGCACUUGGAUUUCCUGGACAUCCUCCUCCUUGCCCAAAUGGAGAAGGGGAACAGCUUGUCGGGCACCGACCUCCGUGCCGAAGUGGACACGUUCAUGUUCGAGGGUCAUGACACCACAGCCAGUGGCAUCUCCUGGAUCCUCUAUGCUCUGGCCUCCCACCCUGAGCAUCAGCAGAGCUGUCGGGAGGAGAUCCAAGGCCUCCUGGGGGACGGCACCUCCAUCACCUGGGACCACCUGGACCAGAUGCCCUACACCACCAUGUGCAUCAAGGAGGCGCUGAGACUCUAUCUGCCAGUACCAGUCAUUGGCAGAGAGCUCAGCAAGCCCAUCACCUUCCCUGAUGGACGCUCCUUACCUGCAGGUAUGAGCAUCACCACACCCACUAACCUCAGCAUCUGUAAGAACACAUGGGAGCUCAGACACCCACGUGCGUGGACGACUCCAUCCAGCAGGGGGUGGGGUGGCCAUGUGGGCACCACGCCCUCUGUCCUGGGACGCAGGCUGGCCAAGGCCCUCACUCCCUCCACCACCUCCCCUUGGGGACAGGAGACCCUCUGCCCCAGCUUCAAGCGGUGGGCAGGCUGGGAGGUGCCGGGCAGCUGUGAGCAGGAAGAGGAAAAUGGGUUUGCAGUGGGAGGAGACCCCUGCUGCUGCAGGGUCCCCAGGAUGCUGGUGCGGUCUCUGGGCCCUGAGAGAAGUUGUCCCUCAGCAGGUAAGCGAAUGCUCUCAGGGGAGGUGGUGAAGCCGGAGACCUGCAGUCAGGCUGACCUGGGCGUCCAUACAAGGCCGAGUCAGCUAGUGCACGUGUGGAUCAGGCACGUGUAA